CCAGGUGCAAGUGAUGGUGUUCCUGAACCACAUGUUUUGUGAAAAGAGCAAGAAAUUUAAGGCAGUAUUUGUUUAUCAUGUCUCUCAUUUUUUAUUUUAUUGCUGCAUGAAGAUUCUCUUGGAGGUCAUUCUGUAAGACAGUUCAAAUCUGAUGAGAUCAGCAGUAAAUAGGAUCAUUUGGAGACCACAAACCUGCACUGGCUGCAGUCCCAUUCACUGCUGCAAAGUCUCUGAGGUUCCCUUUUAAAAACAUCUGCAAAACAGUCGUUCACUGGUUGCAAAAAAGACCUCUGACUGGUUGCAAAAGACAGAAUCUUGGCCCCAAAAGUUAGCAGCCAUUUUUGGCACCAUUUCAUACAGCAUUUUUCAAACAUUGGAAGAUGUUUCACAAAUAAUGAAUAACUCAACCCCAACUUGCCACGCACGGAGGUAACACUGCAGAGUAAACACCCACACAGAAGCUUCUGCCCGUGGAAUCCAAGUUGUACUUUCAGUCUUCAGCUUGUUCAUAGCUUUUAAUUCUAAAAUUAUUUUGUGUUUUAGAAUUUUUGUUCCUGUGUAUCUCUGAACCCAUAAAUAUGCCAGCAGUUUAGCAGAAGUUGCUUUCUAUCCUGCCAAUAACUGGAAAAACCUUAUUAUUUUAGAGCAAAGUACUAAAAGAGAAGUAAUUUCUUGCCAAAGUCAAUAAACAAACUACAUAAUUAGAAGCCUGUUUUUAUGGAAGAACCAUGCAGACAUGAUGCCAAGAUAUGUUUGUGUGAAUUUCUUGGACUUUCAAAAUGCAGAUUUGCAGGUGGCGAUUUUGCUGGACAAAUUACAUGACAAACAAUGUGGAAUUUGGAAACUGGGAACGCCAGAUUGCUCACUUGCAUCAAAACCAGGCUUACCCAAUUUGCAAGGCAGAAGAUUGCAUUAUAAACGAAUUUGGGAUUUGAAUCAGGUGCUGUGGAUCCCGGGUUCUAUCAGCGGACUUGCUACAACUUAAAAAUCCCUGCUUUCGGUUGCAGGGUGUCCACGUGCCCUCUCCUGCCCUGCCUGCCACCUGCAGGGAUACAAACAGCCCUGAUGGGGAGCAGCGGGGCACGGCUGGGGCAGCUUUCACCGCGCACCUCUGCUCAGGUGAGGCUCCAGCGUGUGCGGCCGUUCCCGAGAGCGGCCCCGAGCCCGCAGUGCCGCCCUUCCCCGGGCAGCCCCCGCCCUGCUCGGGCAGCUCUCCUCGGCUGCAGAGAAGCCCAUCCCGCUAACCCGGACGGAUGGGAAGAGAACCAGCUGCCAGCCUUCCUCAUAAAAACUCUUUGCGUAGUUGGGGGUCUUUUCCCCCUCUUUCCACAGCUUCCCAGCGGAGCUGUCCCUGUCCCCUGGAUCCGAUUUGUCUGCCUGCCUCAGGCGCCGCUCAGGAGCCUCUCGUGUCUCCAAGAGGCGCUCGCGGCUGUUCCCUCAGGGAUGUCUGUGUUUCCUGCAGCAGCCCGAUGUCGCUGCUAUGCCUGGCUACUGCAGCUCCCAGAUUCCUGUAAGUGCGGCAUCCCCCCUCCAGGUCCAUUUGCUGUUAUCUCCUACCCUGCAGGAACCUUGGAGUGCAUAUUGAACAGGAGCCAUGCAGAAGCAGACCAGAACCCCUCAGUUCAACUCCUGGCUCACAGUUCUGUCACAGCUGACAAGGCUCCUGCCACCUCCAGGGAUUUGCCUCAUCCCCAUUAAUCAAAUAAGAAAGCUCAGUGCCCAGCACUGCCUUGUGCCCAAACUGUGCCAGACAGGCAGGUGAAGGUCUGCUGUGCCCUGCUCUGGUUUAUUGUGUUAAUGGGGUGAGUACAGGACCAGCCCUGAUUCCAUCUAAUUAAUUAUCUCAGAAUAAAAAUCUUAGAAGAAAAGUUUAGAACCAUGUAAACUUAACCUUACUAGUUCCAAUGUUCUGGUCUCUCACUCCUUCCUGUUAUUCUCCCUGCCUUCCCUGUUUUUCAGUAAUUUAUAACCAUCUGUAGAAACUACUGUUUUCUUUCAUCAUUUUUGUCUGAAUUUAGCAGGCAGAGAUAUGUAGCCACUGUGACACCCUCUCCUCUUCCCAAUUUUUUUUCAUCUACAAAACUUUUGCUGUCAGUAAAGAUUUUGCUCCUGGAAAAGGCCUGUAUCUCCCAUAAAUUUAACAGUAAGUAUAAUUUUUCUCUAUUUUUUUUCCUCUUUGAUUCUUUUGUUGAAUUUUUGUUCACCUCUACCUUUGUUCUUUCAAUUUAACCCAUCACAUCUCAUGCCAUCUCUGCUUUUCCCACUACACUCCUCUUUCCUCAGGUGUGUCUUCAUUCCAGUUUUCCACACACUGACUUUCUCUCCUUGUUGUACAGCAAUAGUGGAAUUUUCUGCUUUGCCAUGUGAGACCACAAUUGCCUUGGUGCAGCUGAUUUGAUUAAAGGAAAUCUUGAAGUAAAUAAGAAAUAGGCUUUUCUUUUUCUUUAGAAGUAAUACCUUACAAUUUCUUCUAGUACAAAAUGAAUAUAUAAAUAAAUGGGACACUUCUUGCCCUGUUCAUAA